UCAACAAUUUGAAUUCAAUUUCGUACGUGCGUCCAGUGUAAGUGAAGUGACUAACGGUUUACAGUUAUAGUGACCUACCUGCAAGUACAGCGAGGAACGAUCGAACGAUUUUAGUGGCACGAUGUUGAGUUUGGCGAAGUGGAGUUUGUUGGUUUUGGGCGUUGCACUCUUGACGCUUCAGUCCAUCGGACAGAAUGUUUUUCCUCAGGGUGGACAAGAUCCGAGACAAGGGAGGGACCUUUUAGACUGGAUCGGAUUGGGCACAGGUCCAGAAACUGAUCCCUAUUUAGCCAAGACGAAUGCUGCGUGUCUCAAUGGGGAUCUGGCCGAGUGCUUCAAGUCGAGAGCUUUGGGAUCAUUGGAUGAGUUCUUUAAUAAACCUGUAUAUCAAUUAAAUGAAAACGCAAAGAUCCUGAUGAUGCCCCAAAAUCAGCUGCGACAACUUGCUCAAGAACCAUACGAAUAUUCUGAAAGUCCAAGGGCUGACGAAGAUGAAUGGGAUCAACUCGUCAAAUUCGCCAUGAGAAAAGUGGAAAAGUUUUUGAAGUCAACAGCAAUUGAACUAGACUUCAGCAACGAGGUCACUGAAAAUGGCAGAUACUCCCCAAGGUUCGUCGACGAAAUUGCUGAUGAAAUUGACAUAAUCGAAGACAAAAAGGAUUCACUCUUUAAACGCAAACAACUGAAAAAGCUCUUCAUCCCAAUGCUCAUCAUCCUGAAGCUGUUCAAGAUCAAGUUGCUGCUGUUCCUGCCCUUGAUCCUCGGCUUGGCCUCCUUCAAGAAGCUCCUCGGCCUCUUCGCCAUCGUCCUUCCAGGUCUGAUCGGGUUCUUCAAGCUCUGCAAGCCCAACCUACAGUCCCCCUUCACCGGUAACUACUACAACCAAGGCCCUCAGUACUCCCCAGCCGGUAUAGCUUACCAGCCCCACUUCAGGGAGCCGCAGCCCAACUUCGUGGAGCAUGAGGUGUACCACCACAGACCUACUGGUGGUGGUGGCGUCCACUUCAGGGACGAGCACCACGCUCAGGACUUGGCCUACAACGGAUGGAACCAGUACAGGAGCAACGGCAAAGAUAUAGAUGCCGAAGCUGAAACCACUUCGAAGAAGAGCAUACUCCCAGACAAUUAAGAUGAACUCGUUGUUACAUGUAUAUAUUUAUUGUGUUUUGUUUGUACAUAUUUAUUUUUGUAUUAUAUUUAUUUAAUUCCUUCAUAUUUAUAACUUUGUAUAUAUAAAUAAUGAUGAAAUAAAAGUUUUUUUUUUG